AUGUUGAGAAACAUUAGUUGCAGAUUUUUGAAGGCUCCACAUGCUACCAGCGUUACCUUCUCAAGAGCUGCUUCUCUUUCGAGCAUGUCAGCUCGAAGAACAGCAGUUUUUGGUAAUGCAAGAUCAUUGAUCAAUACUCGUUGUUACUCUGAGCAAUCUGGAGCUAAGGGUGACUCUGCAAAGAACCAGUCAUCUUCUUCCCCACCACCACAACCAUCCAACUCCGGUAAAGGUAGGCUAUUGGUUGUCCUGGGUCUUUUAGCAAUUGGUUCUACUAUUGCUUCUAUCAAUUACCAAAAGAAUGAUCCAGCUGAAUUUUUAGAGGAAAAGUCAUUUCAAGCCCCUGAAGAACAACCACUAUUUUCUGAUGAUCAGAUUUCUGUCAUCUUUGUUCUUGGUGGUCCCGGUAGUGGUAAAGGAACCCAAUGUGCUAAAUUGGUGCAGAAUCAUCAAUUCGUUCACUUGUCUGCAGGUGAUUUAUUGAGAGCUGAACAGGCAAGAGAAGGUUCUCAAUAUGGUGCCUUAAUCAAAAAAUAUAUUACUGAGGGUCUAAUUGUUCCACAAGAAAUUACAGUUCAACUGCUAAAGCAAGCAAUUGAAUCUAAGUACAAGGAAGGUAAGACAAGAUUUUUGGUUGAUGGUUUCCCCAGAAAGAUGGAUCAAGCCAUCACUUUUGAAAAAGUGGUUGCCCCCAGUAAGUUUACACUCUUCUUUGAAUGUCCAGAACAAGUGAUGUUACAAAGAUUGUUAGAGCGUGGUAAGACCAGUGGUAGAGAUGACGAUAACAUUGAGUCUAUCAAGAAAAGAUUCAAGACAUUUAUAGACACCAGUAUGCCCGUUGUGGAACAUUUUGCAAAGCAAUCUAAAGUGGUCAGAGUUCGCUGUGAUGAACCUGUAGACGCAGUCUAUGGUCAUGUGGAAACCGCCAUCAAAGAUAAGAUUUAA